CAUCAUGGUCGGUUAUUGGUAGAAAAUUUAGAAGCAAUUGUAAAAAUUCAUUCAUAUUACCUUGCAAACAACAAGUCAGAACUUUCUUAUUAUGGUCAAGAUCAUUUGACUGAUAAAAUCCGUCAAAUUUUGAAAAUGGCAGAUCUUUAUGAUGAAGAAGAGGAUAUUGAUUUAGACCAGGUCAUGCUAAAUGUGAAUUUGAAAAGAUCAAAUAUUGAUGAUGAUAGUGAGAUACUAGAAGAUCAAGUUUUGAAAUUACAAGACACGAUAAAUUUAGAUAUCUCUCACCUAAAUCAACCAGUUGGUAACAAAACAGAUGUGGAAAAUCUUUAA